CUGUUAGUGUUGCCGGUCCGUUCAUUCCGUCGUACGGUCGCCGUCGUGCGUGUUGUCUGUCGCCGCCGCCGCCGCCGCCGUCGUUUCACGUUGUUGCAUACAAACAGUAGCAAUUGUACACUGUAUGGCAAUCGGUCGUUUAGUUUAGUGCGCCGCCGUCGCAACGGGUUUCGGUUUUUUUCACAUGCACCAGGACCGACAUGUGCGACUCGGAUGAGUGCUGCUGCUGCUCGUCUAGUGACUUUUGUUUUUAAAAAUUAUAGCGAUGAACAGUCGCAAAAGUAUUGCCAAGAAUUCCCCCGUGGUGGGAUGUAGAUGUCAUUACAUACUCAAGAGAUGUUUGGCAAUUCAUUUACAAAAACAAUCAUUGGUUAAAUAUGUCCCACAACAAACAGAAGCAUCUCCGUAUUGGAUGUACGACAAUGGAUAUCUCAUAUUUCAGAGCUUUUUGGAGUCUAAUCUAAAAUGCGUCUGGAAUAGGAGUCUCGUAGAAGCAAUGCAAGUGGCCAAGUACGAAGGAUACGUUUCACCCGGAGUCCUGUUACUCACCAGCGACCCUUGUUCCAUGGAAGUAAUCAGAGGAGCAUGGUGUAGAAACGUACUGAGGCCACCCAAUAGCUACGUUAUCACCAAAGUCGGAGAUGUUGAAGAUUGCGUUGUGGAAGACCUCAACCAAGGACAAUUCACUCCUUUAUCUGAAGCUCUGUGUCUAGUCAUUCUGGAGUUGACUAGCGCCAAUCAGAAUGCCACUAUCGACACCAUUCGGUCGGCUCUGAGUAUAUUUUUUUCGAACAUUCAACCACCGUCCGAGCAAAUUAUUUAUGAUGCCAUGGUCAAUUUGAUGUCUGACAACAAGGUAUACCAAACAUCAAAAGGCUACUUUGUAGUAACACCAGAAGUUCAAAGACUCGUGGGCUCUACGACGGCUAGCCCAGUACAUAGUAUUCGUUUAGACAAUGGUAGUCGUUACUGUAGUCCCAGCAGAAAAGGCUUCUUGAUGUCUGCCGAAGAAGCGUAUGUAAAAGUUCACGGUGACAUCGAAACUAUCCGAGAUGGCGAUCAGACACAUCAAAACAUUCAGACCAACUUAGCCGACAUUAUAUCCGGAGGUAAUCUGAACGACAAAAAAUUGUCACCCAGAAACACCCGGAAAUUGGAACGGCGCAAUUCGCUGAAGGGCAGUUCGACCAGUCGACGUUUGGCCAAUACACUUCAACGGAGUGGUUCAAUGAGACUUAUAUCAAACAAACACAAAACCGAAGACAAUGGUACGAGUGGAAUUUUAGAGUCAAGAAAGUCCCCAGGAAUAUUUUCUAGACUAUUUGGUAGCCGUCGAUCUAAUUCUAAAACGCGGAAGUCAAAUUGUUGUGCCACUCAAUUUCCGCCAGAAGAAUGGUUCAACAAGAGUGCACAGCCUCAACAGACUAUUUCUACUCAAACUGACCAGGAUCAGCGUUGUGGCGAAACUAAAAAACAGCAAUGGCCAGACAGGCUGACCCGGAGUGCCACGUUGCCCAGGAAAGUUCGAUGCGAUGCUUCAGCAGUAACUACGACUUGUAGCGUAGCAGGAAGUAGUAUCGUUAUCGCGGACAAAACAGCGGCCAAAAAGUAUCCGUCCAGUGGGUCGAGCGGAUACAACUCGUUGCCUCGCAUAAACGGCCGUAAGUCUGCGGGUGCCAACGCUAAGCGAUCGCCGUCGUCCGAGCUCUCGUUCGAAAAGCCGCCGUCGAGUGGCAAGAACGUUGACAAGCCGGACACUCCCGAACAGACGGCCACCAGUAAUUUCGAUUCGAGUUACAGUUGCGACGAAAUAUCGGUGAACCAUUCGUCGUCCAUCACCGUAGCCACGGCGCCCCCCACACCACACAAAACGGCCGCCGAUUUACGCCGCGAGUACUUCAGAAGCAUGAGCAAGUAUUCUUCUAGCGGCAGGACAUUUGGUAACAAUGACGCACAAGAGCACCGACUUUAUCGGGGAGGUAGUUUGCGCGAACGAAAAGCCAUCGCGACCAAUCUAAACAAAUACUUUGACAACGCUUGUAAAAUAAGAACAUAGUCUAUUAUUAUUGUACGAUUUUCAUUGCUUAGAUUAUAGUAAAUUUUUAUUCAAUUUUUUUACUUUAAACGAAACCUUUACUUAGUUCACACUACAAUAUUUUGUUGUCUAAAUAUAAAUUUGUACACCCAACUACUAAGUUUCCUAUUUCUCGACACUAAAUUAGGUGUCCCAUAUUAUUCAUGUACAUUAACGCUAACAAUAUCAUAUAUUGAAUAUAUUGUACACGUAAAUGAUGUAAUACGAUACGGACAGUUUACAUAUUGUGUUACAUUUGUGCAGUUGUUGCAAAUUUUUUAUUUUAUUCUCACACGCUGUAUUAUUAAAUUAUAUUUAUGUAUUAAAACUUAACGUGGAUGCCAUAACAUAAUAUUAUAACUAAUCAAACUGAACGUUUAAAAAUUAUAUUAUUGUUUUUUGAACCUUUACACAAUGUAAUAAUAUCUAUUAUUAUUUAUUAACAAAUAUAAACGUGUUAUUAAUUAUACU